GACACAGGCACAGCAGCUGCCCUUUGGCACCAUGCAGAGCUACCCGCAGCACACCAGCAUUGACAUGCCACCCUAUGGGCAGAAUGUGAUCACUGCUGUUCCCAUCUCACCGCAGCCGCCCCCCAGGGAUUUUGUACUCUGGUCUCUCUUCAACUUCGUGCUGUGCAAUGCCUUCUGCCUGGGCCUCUGUGCACUCUCGUACUCUAUCAAGUCCAGGGAUAGGAUAAUUGCCAAGGACUUCGUUGGUGCCAGCAGCUACGGGAGGACAGCCAAGAUCUUUAAUAUCAUUGCGCUCUGUCUGGGACUCUCAGUGACCAUCCUCUCCAUCGUCCUGGUGGUUCUCUACCUUCCAAUCUACAUUGUGCAGCCCUGAUCUGGCCUGAUGAAGAGGAGCAGUGCCGUGGUCCCACUCCUUCUCCCCUCUACCCCUGCUCCCAUCAGUGUCCUGGUGCCACCCCCACUGAGGUGACUCUGUUUGAGAUGAGCCCUUGGGGUGAGCUCAAGACAAAUAAAGCUUCUUCCUCAUUCUACUUCUGCCU